AUGGCGCCCUCCUCGGCUCCACCACUCUAUCGGAAGACAUUGCCUUUCCCAAUCCCUCCACGUCAUCCAUUAGUACUGCCGCCACCAAUGCCGCCGCCUGGCUUGAAGUUGAGAAGGGGAUCUUUGGGGAGUUUGGAAGAAGCGUCGCCGGAAAUGGAAGUCGAACCUUGGGCCGAGGUUGGCGACGGUAGCGGGGGCGAAGGUGGUGACAGCGGUGAGGAGUGGUGUUGGUUCAGUGGGAGGAGAGAGAAAGUUCGACGUACUCUCAACAGUUCCCGAAUUCUGACCUUUUUCUCUCCUCCAAUGAAGCAGCUUGUGAGGUCUCGCAAUCCAAACCCUAAUCCCAAUCCCAAUCCCAAUUCCAUGGGUGGUGGUGGUGAUCAGUUAACAGAGAAAUCUCGAAUAUGCGUGAAGAAUUUGCCCAGUUACCUCACAUUGGAUCGUUUCAAAGCCCACUUUUCCCAAAUUGGCGACCUCACUGAUGCCUUGCUUCUCCGUACCAAGUGGAUUGAUUUCAUUGUAUAUUUUCAUAAUAUUAAAUUCUUAGAUUUACGGUCAAACUUGUGCCUUGGCAAACAUGCUAAUCAAAGUGUUGCAAUUUUUUUGAAACAGAGGAAGUAUAUAACAGAUUGGAGCAUUAAAGAAUUGGUAAUUAGAGGUUGGUUGGAAAUCUGCAGAUCCAAACAUUCCUCGCCCUUGGAAGCGGGGUUCAAAGGAGAAAGAGAUAUCUGCUGGAAAGAAAUUUUGGUUUCUAGGAUCGACGCCAAAAUAGAAAGGAAGACCGACAACAAAAUUAAUGAAAUUGAUGAUUCCAAGUUUCGGGAAUUUCGUCAAGUUAUGCAGUCAUGUUCUAAGAGAAGAAUUUGGGCUGAUGAUCUAGAAGCACCUAUGUAUAAGCAAUCUUGCACUGAGAGAGAUAAGCCUGCUCAGUUAAACCAACAAGUUUGGAAGAAGUCCAUAGAAAUGCCGAAUACAGAUAGAAGUGCUCAAAAGGAGGGCGGCAUGCAACAUGAAAACCCAACAAAAUUUUACAAGAUGGCAUGUGAUUCUGCUGUCACAGAUAUGGAUUACUGUAAAAGUAAAAUUAGAAAAGACUGGUCUGAUUCAGAAAGUGAUACUGACGAAAAUGGGGUAAAUUCUAGUCAGGAUGAUGAAUCUCCUGCUCGAGAAAAUCAGGUGCAGCAAAAUAUUCAUGGAAACAUUGAUUCAGAGAAGCAAGAAUGUCUGCUAAAAGGUGGUCUUUGUGAUGAUUCAAUAAACCUUGAGAAGCAAAGUUGUCAUUUAGAAGAUGCAGACAGAAUGCUUCAAACCUGUCGUAUUUAUGUUUGGAAUCUUCCCUAUGCUGCAACGGAAGAUGAAGUGGCAGAGUUCUUCAAUAAAUUUGGAAAGGUCAAAGGUGUCCAUCUAGUCAUUGAUAAAGAGACAAAACAACCCAGAGGUUUCGGUUAUGUUCGUUAUAACUCACCAGAAGAAGUUGCAAGGGCGCUGGGUGAUCAAAUUUUUCAGGGGAGAAUUCUACGAGUAGUUCCAGCAGAAAAUACACGUGGUUUGCAUAAUUUAGAAAAUCAUGUACCUGAGGGCAAAGGCAAAACAUAUAAGCAACAGAGGGAGGAAAAAAGGAAGGCCUUAGAAUCAAAUGGCGAUACUCGAGCAUGGAACAGUUUGUUUAUGCAUCCUGACACUAUUGUUGAAAAUACUGCUAGGAAAUAUGGGGUCGGUAAGAGUGUCUUUCUAGAUCGUGAAGCUGAUGAUGUUGCUGUACGCAUUGCUCUUGGAGAAAUUGAUAUUAUUGCAGAAACUAAGAAGGCUCUAACAAAGGCCGGGGUAAAUGUGGCUUCCUUGGAGGAAUUUGCUGGUAGGAAAUCUGAAGGUGCCAAGAGAAGCAACCAUGUCUUACUAGUCAAGAAUUUGCCUUUCAGUUCGAGCAAAGGUGAACUUUCUGAAAUGUUUGGCAGAUUUGGGAGUAUUAACAAUGUUAUUUUUCCUCCAACAAGAACACUGGCAUUGGUAAUCUUUGUUGAACCAGCUGAAGCUCGCGCUGCUUUUAAUUGCCUCCGUUACAAGCGUUACAGGGAUUCUAUAUUGUAUUUGGAAUGGGCUCCCAGCAAUAUCCUUUGUCAAGGUCUGGUGCCUAGUGAUGAUUCAAAGAAGGAUGUGGCCAUUAAGAAUCCAGAAGCUAAGGAAGUCUUACUAGAGCAGCAACUUGAGGAGAUAAACCAAGUUGAAAUAGAUUCCGAUGGAGCCGAGUUACAAACCCUUUAUGUGAAGAACCUUCAUUUUGGGACAACAGAUGAGAAGUUGGGGAAGUAUUUUAGGGAAAACGUGAAUGAUGGAAAGAUUUUGAGUGCUAGGGUUGUAAAGCACUUAGAAGAGGGGAAGUAUGUCUCAAGUGGUUAUGGUUUUGUGGAGUUUGAUUCUUCAACGACAGCAAAUAAUGUUCUUAGGGUGUUACAGGGGACUAUUUUGGAUGGGCAUGCGUUGAAGUUGCAACUUUCUCAGCCCAAGAAAGAUACGAGAGCUGUUCAGAAAGUUCAAAAGGGUCAAAGUUCCACAAAAUUAAUAGUUAGAAACUUGCCGUUUGAGGCAACGAAGAAAGAACUAAGACAACUGUUCAGUCCUUUUGGUCAGGUGAAAAGUUUGAGGCUUCCUAAAAAUUGUGGGGGAGGAAAACACAGAGGGUUUGCUUUUGUGGAGUAUUCCACAAAACAAGGGGCCCAGGAAGCAUUGAAAGCUCUAUCAAGGAUCCAUGUUUACGGGCGGCCAAUGGUUAUAGAACGAGCGAAUGAGGGCGAAACAUUAGGGGAACUUCGAGAAAGAGUAGCAGCUCAAUACGCCAAUGAUUGCGACAUGAUCGAGAAUCCAAUGCAGAUUACUAAGAAAAGAAAGAUUAUGUAGUUCCUUUAGUUAAAUUCCUCUAAUUUUAUUUUGCACGAUUGGUUAAUUUAUGAGUCAAGUGCUGGACAUGGGAUUGUAGUUCAUGAAUUGAUCUUCAUGGUCCAGUUGCUAAUAAUAAUAAUAAUAAUAAUAAUAAUAAUAAUAAUAAA